AUGAGUGUUUUAAUCAAAUAUGCAAAACCGGGUAGUCUCGGAACGGUGUUCAAUGUGCAGGUGUUAUGGCGAUUAAACUCGACAUCGGCAGAAACUGCUAAGAAAGAUGAGGAAGAAUUUAGAGUACUCGAUUUAUUUAAGAAAAGGGAUAAACAAAAAAAGAGAUCAGCCCGAAGAACUGAUAUACAACCAGACAGAGCUGAUAGGAUGGCAACGGAUCAGAAUUGGGGCAACGUGUGGCCCGGCCCGAAGAGCUUCCACCCGUCGUCUGUGCCACUCCCGCUGCGCCAGGGCUACGUGCCCAAGGGCCAGGCGCCCCCAGGCAAAAAGGCCAACGCCGAGCUGAUUAAGAUACCCAACUUCCUGCACCUCACGCCGCCCGCCAUAAAAACUCAGUGCGAGGCGAUCAAGCAGUUCUGCACCGAGUGGCCCAAAGCGCUGAACUCGGAGGAGUCUAUAGAGAACUAUUACCCUUUGGAGGUGAUCACGUCCGACUACUGUCACGCCAGCCCCUCGAUCCGCAACCCUUUGUCGAGGAUUGUCAAUCUGAGAGUGAAACUGUCCACUCUUAAUCUGGAUAAGCACGCCAGAGACAAGUUUCUCAGGCUGGUAGGUGACAGGUACGACGAGAAGACCGACCUGGUGACCUUCAUAGCGGACCGCUGCCCGAUGCGCAAGCAGAACCUGGACUACGCGAACUACCUGCUGACCGCCUGCUACCACGAGUCGUGGAGCGUCGAGGACUGGGAGCGGGAGAAGAGCGAGGAGGACAUGGAGUACUACGAUUGGGAUAACAACGCAUCAAAGAGGAGCCUAAUCGACUGGUACAUGAAGUGCAACGGCGAGGAAGCGUCUUUAACCGAUGAAGAGUACAAAAGUUUUGAUAUAUCCAAGGUGCCGAAUGCCGAUGCUUACAAAGAGGCGGUCUCCAGCCUGAUGAACGACGGCGAAAGCGACGCGACCCUCAAGAAGUACGGCGCGGCGGUCAGGAAACUGCUAGGGUUGCCAGAUAAGGGGGCUGCG